GAAGAAGGUGCGUUCUUGGAGCAGCUGGUGCCGAGAGAAGUGGGACCGGCAAAGAUGAUUCAGGCGAUUCUGGUUUUCAACAACCAUGGGAAACCGCGGCUGGUCCGCUUCUACCAGCGUUUUCCAGAAGAAAUUCAACAGCAGAUUGUUCGAGAGACGUUCCAUCUGGUCCUCAAGCGAGAUGACAACAUCUGUAACUUCUUAGAAGGUGGAAGUUUGAUCGGUGGCUCUGACUACAAACUGAUUUACCGGCACUAUGCUACCCUCUACUUUGUGUUUUGUGUGGAUUCAUCAGAGAGUGAACUUGGGAUCUUGGACCUCAUCCAGGUGUUUGUGGAGACUCUGGAUAAGUGUUUUGAAAAUGUCUGUGAGUUGGACUUGAUCUUCCAUAUGGAUAAGGUACACUACAUUCUCCAGGAGGUGGUGAUGGGUGGGAUGGUGUUGGAGACAAACAUGAAUGAAAUUGUGGCUCAAAUUGAAUCGCAAAACCGGCUGGAGAAAUCAGAGGGCGGCCUUUCAGCAGCCCCUGCAAGGGCCGUGUCUGCUGUGAAGAACAUCAACCUUCCUGAGAUCCCCAGGAACAUCAACAUCGGCGACCUCAACAUCAAAGUUCCCAACCUGUCCCAGUUUGUAUGAAGGUGGAGGACUGGGCUGAACUGGAGUUCUUAGGAUGAGCAAAGUGUCAAGUCCAGAGCAGAACCCUGUUGAGCCUUUAGAGUCACACCUGGGACCCUGAGCUCUUCACAGAGUGGGAAGGGAGUUGGGUGCACACUGCCUGGCCAUCCUGCUGCUCCCUGACUGUGGUACACAUCAGGGCACUAAGCCACUGCUCCUUUGCCUCUCCCACACAGCUGCCCUUAGAGCCAGGGACUGUGGAACAAGCCACCUGCUUUCCAGGACCCCACAACUGAGACUAAACGCAUCUGACUUCUUCUCUAACACCAAGGGCUUCUGAGAUCCUGUAUCACUUAAUAGGCAAGAGAUCAGGGAGAAGAGCCAGCCUUUCAGCUGUCAGUCAUGGUAAGUGGCAGGUGAGGGCAGGGUGUUUGCAGCCUCUGCUAGGGCCUCUAUGCCCUUUGUAUGGCUAAGCAUUGUGCUCUGCAGUUGCUGCAGAGCUCAGUUUCCUUACUAGCAUAUUCCUAGACUUGUCAGAGGUAUCUGUGUGCUGGAUGCGUGCCACCACCACUACACACACACACACACACACACAGAGAGAGAGAGAGAGAGAGAGAGACAGAGAGACAGAGAGACAGAGAGACAGAGAGACAGAGAGAGACAGAGACAGAGACAGACCCCAGAACCCUGUACCAGAGGAUAGACCAGUGUCUGUAGAAUGUGACAGCUGAAUCCUUCCCAGGUUAUGACCCUUCCCAAGUUUAAAAUACACUGUUCUCUUGGAAGCAGACAGUUCAGUGCUGUGUUGUGAGUGAAGAAGUCCCCACAUACAAACACUUGCUCAGAACCCCACUAACCAGUCUCAGAUUCUGGAGCUGGAACCUGAACUGGGUGCUAUGUGGGCUGAGCCUGCAGCAUGCUAGCUGUAGUGCUGUGUGCUCUCCAGUAUGAGUCCUACAGUGAGCACGCGGGGCUCCCUUGGCUGGCAUUCAACAGCUUUGGAACCCUGCAGAUGUUAGCAUGUACUGGUGUUGAGGCUGAUGCACCUCCACAGGGAACCGCCCUGCCCAGGCAUCUCCCUACUGAUAGUGCAUUUCCGUGGCUCAUGAUGCUGAUGUCCUAGGAGGACUGUGUGUCUUACCCAGUGUGUCUCAGUUCCCAGCAGGGCUUUCUGCACUCUGCCUUUGUUGAUGCAGCUUCCUGUCCUCACCCCUCCAGUCUUCCGUCAGAGCUGCAGUGAUGAUGGGCACUUGGCUAGAGGACAGACCUGAGACCAGUCCCUCGAAAGCAUUUUAUGUUAUAUUAUUGCCAUUUUAGUACAUUCAUGCCCCUUUUACAAUAUCUGGAAACAAGAAUUUUGUGCCUACUCUAGGAUGACAUGAGAAGACUUUUAAUAGUCCUUACUAGAGACAUUUUUUUGUUAUUGUUGUUUUGUUUUUCGAGACAGGGUUUCUCUGUGUAGCCCUGGCUGUCCUGGAACUCAUUCUGUAGACCAGGCUGCCCUCGAACUCAGAAAUCCGCCUGCCUCUGCCUCCCAAGUGCUGGGAUUAAAGGCAUGCGCCACCACCGCCCGGCUUAGAGACAAUUUUUUUUUUUUAAAGAUUUAUUUUAUUUCUGUUGUGUGUGUGUCUCUGUGUGUGUGUGUCUGUCUGUCUGUCUGUCUGUGUGUCUGUCUGUCUGUCUGAUGGGUAUGCUCUGAGGCCAGAGGAGAAUAUAUGUCCCUUCUGAGGCCAGAAAGGGUAUGGAAUUCCAUGGACCUUGAAUUAACUGGAGGUCCAGAAGCCCCCUAAAAUUGUUGGUACUGGGAACCAGACUCAGGUCUGUAGGAGCAGCAAUGCUCUGAGCUGGUGCCACCUCUUUGGCCCCAUGGACAUUUUACUGCCAAGUAAAGCAGACUCGGUCAAGGAAAUCGUUCCUAGGUCACCCAGGGCUAAGGUUGGAAACCCUCCAAAGCCCUUUUUUUCUCCUUACUAUUCUAGAUGGUCUCUCCCAGUUUUACAACUCUUUUAUAGCUGACAGACAGAGAAACUGGGACUUCAGGGGAUUGAGCAAUUCUCACAAACUAAUAAAAAGAGGCUUAGUUUUCUAGGUAGUAGCCAGACCAGAGCUGGAGGAUCCUGUGUCCCUCCAGUUAACUGCCUGAGAUGGAGCCACCCAGAGUGCUGUCAGGCUGAGGGUCAGAAGGGCCACAGUGCUCUAAAGUAUGCUUGCUGUUGGCCCAGGGCACCGUUGACUUGGAGGUACUUGGCUUCCCAGGUGGUUUAGAUUUCAGGUGUUUGCCUGCUAGAAACUACUUGGUUCCACAAAACUGUGGCCUCAUGUGUAGACUGCAAAAGCAAGCAUCACACAGUGGCUUGCGUCAUGUCCCCUGACAGUCUGUUGGUUUGGGUUUAGAAAACUCAAUUCCUCUAGUCAAGCCAGAGGGAUUAAUUAAUUCAUUGCUAAUGACUUGCAUCUGCUAUUUUGUCUAUAUAGUUUGUCUGCUAUUAAGAAAGCUAUAGUCUGAGAUCUCUCUCUCUCUCUCUCUCUCUCUCUCUCUCUCUCUCUCUCUCUCUCUCUUUCUCUCUUUCUCUCCCCCACCUUGUGUUUUGAGACAAGAUCUCACUUUGUAACCCAAAUUCGCAAUCCCCCUGCAUCAUCUCCAAAAUGCUGAGAUUACAAGUGUGUACUAGUAUGCCCUGUGCACUUUUCUGUGAAAUAGAGGAAGUCCUUGGUCUUUUUGAAGAGGA